AUGGAAAAGUUUGAAUAUUUAUCGAUUAGAUAUGAUGGAAAAGGUUUGUUGGAGAUUUUAGAUCAGAGAAAGUUACCGGAUGUAGAGGAAUGGCUUGUCUCUGCCAAGCCUGAAGAUAUGAUUGGAUAUAUAAAGCAACUAUCAGUUAGAGGUGCACCUUUGAUCGGUGUUGCUGCAUGUGUAGCAUUGUUUUUAUAUGUAAAUAAUGAGGAGUCGGCUAGAGCUCAGUGUUUGACUGAGGAGGAGGUGACCGUAGUUGCCACCAAGCUGCGCGAUGCCAGACCCACCGCUGUCAACCUCAUGAACAAUCUCGAUGAGAUGUUACAACUCACUGUAAAGCCAACUGCCGAUUUCUCGGCUGCCAACCUCGGACGUAUUGCUCGUGCCAUCAUCGAUCGUGAGGUGGACAUGUGCGCCAGAAUCUCAGUGGCCGGAGCGGAGCUGCUGAGCGACGGAGACAACGUACUUACACACUGCAAUACCGGUGCCAUUGCCACGCCGGGCAUGGGAACAGCACUGGGAAUCAUCCGUGAAGCCUGGCGUCAAGGCAAGAAAAUUCAUGUCUACGUCGACGAGACACGUCCACUGCUUCAGGGUGGCCGUCUAACCACGUACGAGCUGGCGCGUGAGAAAAUUCCACACACUCUGAUCUGUGACAACAUGGCAGCGACUCUGAUGGCACAAGGAAAGAUUCAGCGUGUGUUGGUCGGUGCCGAUCGUAUUGCGUGUAACGGUGAUUUCGCCAACAAGAUUGGCACCUACUCGGUGGCGGUGCUGGCGCACUACCACGGUGUUCCAUUCCACGGUGUAGCGCCGUGGUCGACAGUCGACCUGCUAUGUCCAUCCGGAAAGGACAUCCCCAUCGAAGAGCGUCAAGCUUCAGAGGUUCAAGGUGUUUCCGGAGCGUUUGGAAAUGUCAGAUGGGCACCCGCCAACACACCAACUUUCAACCCAGCGUUUGACGUCACCCCCGUCGAACUUGUAACCAGCCACAUUUUAGACACAGGAAUUUACACUCAACAACAACUCAAAGAUUCGAUUUUAACCAAACAUAAAUAA